AUGUCGCAGAUGCCCUCAGGGCAGCUGGGCAUAAGGUGGUCGAUUGGGAGCCGCCGCUUCAAGCUACCGCUAAGCGGGUGCAUACGGCAGGAACGACACCACUCCCGCCUCGCCCUUUCAGGGGAGCCCCUAAUCCCCGACCUCGAGGAAGCAUUCCAGCAUAAGCCGCCGAUCGACCUCCUCGAGUGUCAGAAUCUCACCUUAGAAGGGCUUGAGUACGAAGCCGCGCAUUCUGAUAAUUGGAACUCGACGAGCGAGAGCAACGGCCAGAUCGUGAAUGCCGUCAUCAUGCCAGUGGCCCCGCACGCCGCGGUGAUUCCAGGUAAAUAUUAUCAUACUGGUUAUAGACGCCGCAUUGCACCGCCGGAAGCUGUGUUUCAAGCUGACGAUAAACAAAGAGCCUACACCGAAGUUAUCAAUUUGAUGAACUACUCAGCGGCUGUCAUCCCCAUGACCAAGGCAGACAAGGCGAUCGACGUGGUCCCAGAGGGCAAUGAUGCCUACAGACCUCUCAACGACGUCGAUAAACAAAAUUGGGAGGCCUAUGAUCCCGAGAUCUACGACGGGGCCCCAGUUGGCGUGCAGAUUGUGGCCCGGAAAUUUGAAGAGUGA